AUGUCUAUGGAACAGCCGACAGCUAGGGAGGAGCUGAAAGAGACCAAUAAGUCCAAGGAAUCAGAGAAUGGUGAGGCACCGUCUCAAGUUGACGAGACCCCUAAGUCUAAUGAGCCCGUUGUAAAUGGUUCAAGCGAUGAAAAGGACGUUUCAGAAUUAUUAGAGAAACGAGAGAAUGAAAAGGUGGAUUCUGUUGCUCCAGAUGGAUCUCUCCAGGAAGUUCAAGAAGUCACCAAAGUGCCUACGGGAAUCCGCAUCACACGGUCCCGGACUGGCAACUCGACACCUCGUAAGGAUGAAUACAUUGAGUUGAUUCAACAAGAACCAAAACGACCAGCUAAGCGCCAAAAAGUAGCAGCCGAAAAAACUGCCAAAAAGCGUCAAACCAAAACGUCAACAUCAUCAACAACAACAACAACAACAUCAACAGCCAAUACAAAAAAGGAGGGAUCCGGCACAACACCUGCCGGGUCAGCAAAAACAGCAGAAACAAUUGCAUCUGGAAAUGACGCGCCUUCAAAAGCAUCUGGAGUAACUCCGAAGCGUAAGAUAACUGAAAAGACUGUUUCUACCCCUAAGCCCAAACCCAAAGGCUCUUCUUCUGCAACGUCUUUAUCGGCAUCAACUUCCAAAACAUCACCCGGAAUUUCAAUCAAGAAUGGAAAGCUAACAUUUACCCUCAAGCCCAUGAGCAACCCAGCAGUCGCCACCACUACCACCAACACCACCAACACUACCACCACAGCAGCAGCAACAACAACAACAACAACAACAACAGCAAAAUCUGCUACUUCUUCUAAAACAUCUAAAUCUACGGCAACACCUGUGACCGGAAUUAAAACAGUUAAUAAACCCAUGACUACAUCAACAAACAAGAAUUCCAAGACUCCUGUUGCCAACGGGGUCUCAUCUAAUACCAAUGCAGCUGCAGCUGCAACCUUUGGAUCUCCAAUUACGGCUGCUGUUACAGGUGCAGCUACCACUGUGGCAUCCUCCAAUCCCGAGGAACCUAAGAAGGAAAAACGCAAACUUCUCUACGCAGUUAAGCCACCCCAUUUCCGGCCGAUUGAAUCACAUCUGCCUCCAAAGAUUGUGUGGGCACGGUUGGCUGUACGCGACUUUAUCAUUCGCUUUGAAAAAAUCGAGCACAUUCCUGCGCGAUACUUUCAAGCUCUCAAUAAUGCUGGAGGCGAGUGGGACGACCGCUUGUACAAGUCAAUUGUUUUGAUGCUGUUUAAGAUUUUGUAUUACGACUCGGUGCAAAUUGUACCGUACAAGCUACAGCGUGAUUACAAAAAGGCUGUCGAGAAAACGCAAAACAAUUUACCCAAGAUCUUUGCGCUGUUGGAUGAGUUUUUGUAUCAAUCUGCGUUUAGUCCCUGUUUAAUUACACCGGCUGAAGAUCAGCAGCUGGGUGCAAAUUCGGCGGCCGCAGAUGGAGAAACAGAGACAGUUAUGAAUGCGCCGAUUGAUCCAGUUCCGAAGGAGACGCUGGGUAGUCCCGAGCUGGAUCGAGAGUACCGGCAUCUGGUGCUGCUUAGCAAGUUUAUUAUUUUGGCGAGUCAAACAGAGACAAUUCGGUCCAGUGUUGCGAGCAUUGGUGACGCGAUGAAGUUGGCACAAAAGACCUUAAACUCAGACAUUGAGAAGGCGGAAGCAACAUUUGACCGGCAGUUGCAAAAGAUCAAGGAGCAACGUAAGGAUCUACGGCCAAAUGUGGAGAACCAUUCGGAAAAGCCUAAGAAGGUGCAGCUUGCAGAGCUUGCGCAAAAGGAAGCAGUUCUGCGUCAGACUCGCAAUGCAAAGCAGUUUCGGGCACGGGAAACACAUUUUUUCGCUCAGCGACGGUUUUUGACGCGAACGCAGCCGCUAGGAAUGGACUACUUUGGCAACACGUAUUGGCACUUUCAGCAAAAGUCGCGGGACAUGACUGACUGGGGGUACUGGUUGAUAGUGGAGCGGAGCUCGAGCGUGGCCCAUUCUUUUGGGCUGCCGCAGUACUUGCCGAAACAAAUGCGAGCUGAAGAGGAGGUUGAGGAUACAGAGGGGAGUAAAAAUGGAGCAGCGGUUACUGGAGUAGCAGCUCCAGGAGCAGUUGCACCAACGACAGGGUCUACAGGAUCUGGGAACAAACGGAAAAGAGUGACAAGCAGCGGGGGGCAACUAUAUGAUGAAGAAGUGUUUGGGAAUGCGCACGGGCAGCUAUAUUACAUGAAGCUGACGAAAAGGGAGAUGGAGCAGCUGCUGAACUGGCUGGAGUACCAACGGCAAGUGCAUCUGAAACCAACGACGCGAACCAAGAAGCUGCUUGCUCGGGACUCGAGCGCGGAAACGUCACAAGAGGGGCUUGUGCGGUAUCUGAGGGCAUUGCAACCAUUUGCAUUAGAGGACGAGGAAGAAAAGGAAGAGGAAAAGAUUGAUGACAAGGUUGAUGAAAAGGUUGAUGAAAAGGUUGAUGAAAAGGUUGAGGAAAAGACUGAUGAGAAGGUUGAGGAAAAGAAAGAAUUUAAAGCAGAAGAAACUCCAAUAAGUGAGGUGAAGGAAGAAGUAAAAGAAGAGAAAGACGUUGAGAGACAGAUUGAAAUGGUUGCUCAAUUGGAAGAAGAUACACCGAUGGUUGACGUAUUUUAA